AUGCACAAUCAGCAGUGUAAUAUACCAGCUUUCCUAAACAAGUUAACUUCGCUCGUUGAUGACCCUAAUACGGAUAAUCUCAUAUAUUGGGACUCUAGUGGUAGAAGCUUUCAUAUUCGUGAUGGUAAUCGACUAGCGAAGGACGUUUUACCGAUGUUCUUCAAACACAACAAUUUGUCAAGUUUUAUACGGCAAUUGAAUAUGUAUGGGUUCAGGAAAAUCAAUCGGGCGGAUUCUGUCAUUGGUUUCGCAUCUGAUAAUGAGGAUAUGGAAUUCAGCCAUCCUUAUUUCCAGCGGAAUAAUGUCAACUUAUUAAGCAAGAUUCACAGAAAGCCUCCUAGUUACAACUUUGCUGCAAAUUUCCUUAACAACAAUUUGUCCUUCAACACUCCUGUUAGCAUCAACUCACUCUGCGAUCAAAUAGCUGCCAAUGGUGGUAACAGGAUUGUUCUUGGGACCGAAUUCAACCGCCUUUCAGAAGCCGUUCGUCAAAUGAGAUCCAGGCAGGAGUCUACUACUCAACAAAUGCAUAUAUUGCGUGCAGAAAAUCAGUUCAUGUAUCGACAGAUUUCUCAGUUGCGGAAUCAACUUGAACAACAAGGACAACUCAUCCAAACGUUGUUUAACUUUCUCUCUGCUAUCGCAUCGGAUAGACGGAACUCUGGGAUACGGAUUGGAUCGGGCAAACGUAAACUUGCUCUGACUGGGGCGCCCGCGGCUGAUGGGAUCCCGCCCUGUGUAGAAUACAAUUUGGACCCUGCGAUGAUACCAGAAAAAGCUCGUCUUGUACCUUCGAAUUCUCAAAUUAAAAGGGUGCUUUUCUCCCAGCCGCAGACCGCAAUGGCUGCAACAUCUGGCUCCUCCGAGGUUGUGCCGCGUUGCAACUCGUCUCCCGUAGAAGUCUUAUCUAGCUCCUCAAACACCACUGUCCUUUCACAGUCCGCACCCAUUUUAGCAAUUCAGGACGUGACACCUGUACGUAAGCGAUCACGAUCUGCCUCAGUCAAUCAGAAACUCUUACCUGAGACCGCUUUUAUGUCCAGUCCACCGGAUGUCCUGUCCUUUAACCCUGAUUUGCUCGAUACCAUGGCCUCCGGGGCAUCAACUGAUGCAUCCGAAGACGUUAUCACGUCUAAACCAUUUGAAGAAGGAAUAGAAGGCUUCGAUGAUGGAUUUGUACAAUCCUGCAAGCUACCUCCUUCCGAUUGUCAUUUGUCGGACAUUGAACCCAGCAUUUCAUCCCCUAUUGCCAACUUACCCAGCACCUUUAUCCAGGACCACGAUCAGCCUCUAUCUGAGAGGGAGCGCAAAAUUAUUUCCGGUGGCAAGUUAACCGUCAAGCACGGGAAAAAACCACGGUCUGCUGCUGUAUCUAAAAUCAUGUCUCCUGUUCGUCGUUUUACUGCCCCGGGUCCUGGGAAAAACUCCUCAAGUUUAUCCAAAUCUCCCAUGUUGGCGAAUGUUGGGAGAGAGGAGAACGUUACUUCACCUUACAUUCCUGACGGAGAGGAUUUGCUGUCUUCCAAUAGUCCUGCUCAAAAGGGUUUCAAAAUCGCCGAGCUAACGGGUGUCGAAGGCGAUUUCCCUUGGGAUAGUGAGACGGAUCAACCAGCAGAUGCUUCUCUGAUGAAUGAUAUCGUUUCUUUGGAUCGGCAAGAUGGGGGUGAUCGUGGAGUUUCUGAGAAUGGGGACAGAAACAUGGAUGACGUCGUUACGAAUUUCAUGUUGUCACCAUCACUGGGGCAGUCUGAUCAGAACGACCUUUUUGACAACUUUUUUGCCAUCUCGCCUCUCAAAUCUCUCACUUCCUCUCUGGCCUCUCCCGACUGUGAUAUCAAUGAUAUUGUCUCAGAUCCCUAA